AUACCCACAGGUGGCGCUUACAAUAAGGCGGUCGAAAUUGAAAGGCGAAAUAAAGAAAAAAAGGACACUGAGAAGACGAAUGGAACCUUCAAACAAUGGAAUUUGCAGACGAAAAUGAAUUUUCACUGUCACUGAUCAGAAAGGAUAAGUCAGGGCAACAGCAGCAUAAAAAAUCUCUUAGAAGAUCCUCCUCAAUUUUAAAGAUUCCCCAGUCAAAGGUUCCCCUGUCUGAUGUAGAUCCCAAUCAGCAGGAUGGCUGUAAACUUCCUCCCUUCAAGAAAGCCAGGAGAUCAGAAAGUAGGAGAGUCAGUUUUGCUGAUACCUGUCAGAUCAAAGAAUUUCCAAAAGACUCUCCAGGUGCUUGGCAUCAUAAAGAUUCAAGUCCAGAAAAUUCUCCAGAAAUAGAAAAAACAACAGAACAAGAGACACCAGAGAUUUCAGGUCUUGACAAACUUCUAACAGGUUCAAUACAACAUCCAGGUUUUACUUCUACAGAUGAGGAUGUACAGGAGGUUAGCUUUGAGGAAGAACUGCCCAAGAGAGUCCAGGUAGAUCCAGUUAACUACACCCUGAUCAUGGAUGAUGACAUGGAGCUGACUGGAUUAAACAGAUUUGAAGUUGAACCUUUUGUUGACUUUGGAGAAUUGCAAGAUGUGCAAAACCAGAACAAAGUGGAUAACAAAUUCCUUCAGAGUCUCAUUUCAACUGACAAGAGGAUCAAAGGCAGCAGUUUACAAACUGAGACACCAAAAAAUGUGUUCAAUACAAAAGCACUGGAGGAUCCAGAAACAUGUGUCCCUACAGCUACAAAUCAUCACAGCUGUUUACAUGAGGAAAAUGUCCAGUCAAGUCUAUCACAUCUUACAACAGGAACCACAACUCUGUCUUCUUGUCAGCUCAGUUUGACUAAGCGAACACCUCUCGUUUCCGUACCAUCGUCUCAGAAACCAGGACUUAACAAUUCUGAGAAUAAGGAAAUUUCACCAGUAGAUUUUGGGAGUAAGUUUGAUGACCAGUCCAUAGUAGAGAAACCUAAACUAACUGGAUUCCUUCAAUCACUAUUAAAAACUCAAAGAAAAGAAAAAACUGAAGGUUUUCAAUCCACACUAUCUACUAGUAUCUCAUCCCAACAUGAAAGCAACAAGACCAUUCUUUUUGGAGAUGGCAUGGAUGAAACAACAGUAUUAGACAGCACUAUAUGGACCAAAGAAAAAGAUGAAAACAGUAUCAACCAUUUGCACCAAGCCAAUGUCUCAGUAGAAAAGAUCGAAGAUGAGAAGAAUUGUGAAAUGACUCAAGUUUUUCACAGAGGUGGUGCUAUGGAGGAAACUAAAGUGUUUUCAUGUAGAAUUUGGACAGAAGAGGAAGUUUAUGCAGAAGAAAAUGAAAAAACUCAGAUAUUGAAUAAAGAUGGAAACAUGGAGGAAACAAAAGUGUUGACUGGUGGAAUUUGGACUGGCUUGGAAAGAAAUAGUUGGAUGACGGACAGCAAGAAUCCAAUGGGAAAUUUCAGACAAGUUGAAGAGGAAACAAAGACUUUUGGAAAGGAUGAUGACAUGGAAGAAACAAAAGCUCUAACAGGAGAAAUUUCGAUUGCAGGGACAACUUCCUUGGAGAAGACUAAAAUAGAUGAAUGGCUGGAAAAUACCAAUGCACAGACAGCAUCAAUUGUGUUAGAGAAUUCAACAUUAAAGGACAAGAAAGAUGUAGAAAUUAAGGGGGAACAGAUGGAAAAGACCAAGAUAUUUAUUCAAGAAGAUGCUGACAAAAAGGAAAAGGAAGAGGAAAAUAAGAUGUUUUCAAAAAUGUGGAAUGAAAAUACUUCUUUUUUGAAAGAGAAAGUAAUUGAGUUGAAAGAGUCUGACCCUGAUGGAGAAGACUCAGAAGUUACCUUUAAAAUUAAGAAACUUCAGAAAGAAAAUGAAAUGGAAAAGACUAUGAUAGAUGAAUUGAUGGAAACCGAGAAAGAAAAUGAAGCAGCAGUGAAAGCUGAGGGUUUCGUUGAAUUACAGGGAUCUGAUCCACUCGUAGAUUCCACGGAUCGAGAAACAGAAUCAGGAAGGCAAGGGGAGGAAAUCAUAUGUGACAAAGAUGAUGAAAACACCAGAACUUUGGCAGAUAUGAGAAACCUUCUCAAGAAACCUACUUCUAAAUUUGAUGGCAUAUUGCUGAGCCCAAAAGAGAGGCCAUUGAAAGUAAACCAUGAAAAUGUAACUUCAAGCCAGAUGCAUAAGGAGGUUCCCUGCAAAAAUGAAGGAAAUAAAACUCUGAUGUUCAGCAAUCAAAGUGUUUUGUUAGAUGAGACCAAGCUGGUGACAGCUAUGAUAGAGACAGUCUCCAAGCAGAAGACUUCAGAGAACGAAAGUAUGCAAGAAAACAAAAUAACUGAAAACAAAACUAUUUUAUUUGGUGAUCAAAGUGCCAUGAUGGAGGAAACGGAGACAGUUCCAACUGAAUUGGCGCAGGAAAAUGAAGUGCUGGCUUAUGUUGGUGCUCAAACUAAAACAAAUUCUGGGACUGUUGACCAAUUGCCAACAAUUACUGGUAAUAACAUAAGAACUUUCUUUGAAAAUGAUAAGGGAAUAAUGGAUGAAAUGAAAAUGAUCACAACAUCAGUGGACUCUAUGAAAACUUGUUCUGAGGGAGAAGACAUAUUGCCUUCUGUUGAUUUGUUCAAGUUAACUGAAAAUACAAUGCAGAAUGGUAAAUUCAUUGUGGAUGUAACUGGAGUUCAAACAACAGAUGAAAAAUCACCAGGUCUUCCAAUGGAAAAUAGCAUGGUGGGGCUUUUAGAACAGGCACCACCUGAAAACUUGCUGACAGAUUUGACAUUGAAUCACACAACAUCACCUAAAAACUCAUUGACUGAUGCCACAUUGAAUCGCACAGCGCCACCUGGGAACUUGUCGACAGAUGCCACAUUGAAUCACACAGUGCCACCUGGGAACUUGUCAACAGAUGCCACAUUAAAUUGCACAGCACAACCUUGGAACUUGUCAACAGAUGCCACAUUGAAUUGCACAGCAAUGUCAAUGAGACCUGGAAAUACCUCAUCCUUUGGUUUACCCCCAGAUUCUACUCAGGCCCUCCUGGGUAAGGAUUGGGGAAGUUUCCCUUCAGACAUUUUGAACGGUACAAAGGAGAAAGAGAAGUCCCUCAUCUCUCAGCUCUCCAUCAAGAAAUCGUUAGAAUGUGAUAAUACUCAGGAGGAGACAUGGGAGGGCCCAAUGACAGCCUUAUCUUUGUGUAAUUAUCUGCAUGUCAUCAAGCCAUCCUGUCUCAAAGUCUCAAAACUUUCACAACUACGCAAGACCAGAUGCAGUUUUGUGCAGGAAGAGGAAAUUUGUUGUGAUGACCUCACGAGCAAGUUAUCAGCUUUGUUAAUGGUAGAGCCCCAUAUUGCAGCACAGAGGGAAAUAAUUGCAGGAAAGAAGACAGAAGUUGAGAAGAAGAAAAAAGAACUUGAGGAGCUGGAACAGAAAUGGUUGACAGAUCCACCUGAAAUAUUUCACUAUGCACAGACUUGUAGUCAUGAUCAGAAAAUUGAGUUGAGGGAGAAGAUGGUAGCCUUGAGUAAUGUUUGUUCUAGACAUGGAAAGAUUGAAUGGAAGAAAGCAGCUUUACAGGCAGCUACUCGGGAAUUACAGAAAAUUCAGGAAGGCAACAGGAAGCUCAAUUCCGAAGUGGAACAGAUCCUAGAGUUUGCAUUGGAAGUUAUACAAAACACAGAACAGUUAAAUCAAGAGUUACUUGUGAUGAAUGAAAAAGCUACAGAGUUGCAGAAAAUUCCUAAGCCGUCAGAGGAGGACAUUCGGGAGUUCCAAGCUGAGAAAACCUGCUUCGAGAAAAAACAGUCAGAAUUGAUAGACUUAAAGUUGGAAGAGACGAGAGUAAUUGAGGCCAACAGAGAGUUGUCAGGGGAACAUGCAUCUCUCGCCCAGAAAUUGUCAGAAUCCGUUAGACCAGAGAAAGAUGACAUUCAGAGACUUCAGAACCAAACUCAGAAAAUACACAAAGAAAUUCAGCUGUUAUGUGGGAUGAGUGGAUGGCAUAUUGAUGAAUUUGAUUUAAGAAGCAGUCACAAAUCAUUCACAUUUAACAAAAGAAAAUUGCAACUAGAUGUAAAACAUGAUGACGAGAUGAUAUCGUCCAUUGAUUUGAAGACUUGUUGUGAAGAUGAAUUGUCCCGAAGAGAACAGUUUUGUUACCGUUUAGCAGUAGAAGCUGUUCAGGGCUGGGACUUCAAACAGAAAUAUUUCAAACUUGCUGACCUUCCUCAGAUACUGCAAGAAGUUGGGUCUUUGAUGUCACGGACCAAAUAUUUACUGCAAGAUUUGAUGACUUUGGAGUUUGAUCAUUACAUAUUAUACAGAUACCCAAAAUUACAUUUAGAAGUCUGGUCACCCAGAAAGAGAUGUGUGACUGUCUCAUUCAAUUUUCAAAACACGGAGCGUUCUUUACAGUGGAAGAUUGAACCAUCUGUCAAUUUAGAACAUGGAAACUUUAGAACGGAUGCUGUAUUAUCUGAGGUUAUGCAGACCAGUCCUGGAGACGCUUAUCUUAACAGAGUAUGUUCUGCCAUUGAUUUGGAUACUCUCUCAGAAGAACCUGUCAAAAAGUGCACCUUGUGUGGGUCAGGUCAAAGUUGAGAACUAAUUUGAAUAUUGAUUGACAAUGUAGGCAGCUUAUUGUGAUCUCUGUUGUUUUUGAUUGAUGUGGUCAGAAUUAUGGACAGUGAUCUGUACCUUAUGGUCUGCUCCGGGUUUCUUAUUUUUUAUUUAUCAUUAUUUUUAUAUAUAUCAAAGUUACUUAGGUGACCUAUUGCAAUUGGUAAUUGUUCGUUGUCAUCCAUUGCUCGUUAAUAUUUCAAUCACCUUUCUGAAAGUGCAUAACUGUUUUUCAUCUUUGGUAUGAAACAUCUUUGGGGUAAGGGGAACAGAAAUUGUGAAUUUCAUUGUCACUGCACCCCUGAAAUAUGAGGGGUGAGGUCCAAACCUUAAUAAAUGAUGCAAUCUUUCAAACUCUUUAGCCCGGGACAUGUACUGGUCGCAGAAAAACUGAAUAGUCAUGAUAAACAAGGAUACUUCUACCAGAAUUGCGAGAUGGCCCCUUGGGUAUGGUUCUGGGCCUCAUGGUUUAUAUAGUGAUGAUGCAUCAGAUAUAUCUUCUUGACAUCAAACAGUGAACUCAUUACAAAGAAAUGAGGAUAGAAGCCUUUACCAGAAUUGUGAAAUUCAUUGUCCCAGGAUCAGGGUUCUGGUGCUUAAUGGCUAAUAGAGUAGAAAUGUGUUUUUUCUUUAAAAAGACAACCAGAGAACCUAGUAGUAAUGAAGAGAAAAACUUCUUCCAAAUUCAUUAUCAAGGGAACUAAAACUUGGAAUUCAAGACAUGCUAGUUCUAGAAUGGAGCUCUAUGAUUGAUGGCGAAAAUGCAUUGAUUCUUUAUCAUGGGAUGGGGGGGGGGGGGGGGGUGUUGUUUGUUUGUUUUUCAUUUUUUCGUUCUGUGUUACCCCUGCAGUUUCAACAUUUAGAUGCUGUAUGUAUGAAGAGCAUGGGGCUCUCUACCAAAAUUGUGAAAUUCAUGACUCUUGGACCAGGGAUUCAGGCUCCGAGAUGGGCCCAAAUGGGUAUAUAAUGAAAAUGCAUUUAAAGUUUAGACAUCAUCUUUAUUUUUGUGUAUUGUUAAAGAAUACUUUAUGCAUGAUUAUAAAGAUCAUGGGGCCCUCUACCAACAUUGAGAAAUUCCUUACCCCUGCUGUAUCAGGAUUUCAGGCUCUUAGACAGAAAUGAGUAUGUAAAUGAGUUGUGAUAGAUUUUAUCUAAUAAAAUGAUCUUUCUCACUUUGGUACAUUGUGACAAAAUGCUAAAUACACGGUUAUAAAGAGCAUGAAGACUUCUACCAUAUCGUGGAAGACUUGACCCUUCAAGUUCUUACUGAGGCUUCAGGAAGUGGAAUUCAUAUAGUGAAAAUAUAAUCCAUGAAAAUUUUAGAAUGUUCUUGCAACUGAUUCUGGAAAAUUAAGGACAAUUUAUUUUCAAUUUUUAAAGAUGAUUAACACAUCCUAGUAUGUGAUUGAGCUGUUCCAUUGAAGACUUGUUGCAUAUUACUGAGUACUCAGGUGACAGUUUAGGCCCAUGGGUCUCUAUCUUAUAUAUUCAAUGAUCUUUCCUAGAUGUACAUGAAAUAAACAUACCUCAUUAUGCAGAGAUAUACCAUAUGUACAUGUAUAAUGAGGAUUUCAAUGUUCAUAGCCAGUAAAGUUUAUCUAAUUAA